AUGACGCCAUCUCUCUUCCAAAUGCUGCUAUUGGCUGCUGCAACGAUAGGAAUAGCGCAAACGCGGCAUUUACCCGCCAAGGAAUUGGCAAAACACCAAGUGACGUCAUCACUGGGCACAAGGGUUGCUAGCGUUGCUAGCGUUGAAACGCAGAGCAUUCUCAAAUAUUACAACAACAACCACACGAGCUUUGCGGUAGAGGGCGCAAACGCUAGCUCAACACAGCAGCCGCAGCCGCAGCCAGCAUUGGAGCAUCCAAGGCAAAGACAAUUGAGGCUCGAGGACGACGGCAACGGCAUCGCUUUGACUGUCUACAUCAGAUCGCCGAAGAGUGUAGUUCAGGACUGGAGUUUGGUGUGCCAACAGCUCUGCGGAGCUGGCCUGGGCGGUCCGCCGUGCGAUUCCCACUGCCACAGCAGCGAGGAACCGUCGCUUCUACCAGCGUUUUCCGGCAACAAACAAAAUAUUUGCAAGGAUCUUUGUAGACUACAGCUCGGUGAUCAGAGUUGCAACUGCACGGCUGACGAUGUGGCCACUACUAUGUCACAAAACACUACGAACUCCCAGUACGAAUGGGGCAAUGCAGUCUGCAGCAGCUUUUGUGAACAUUCCAGAGAAACGCUGACCGGCUGUAGCAUCUGCAUGGAGGACGACGCGGAAGUGCAGGUUUCGAUGCGAUCCACGGUGGAAACAACAACACCAGACUGGAAGGAGUUGUGUGUCGCUUUAUGUAAAACUGGCGAUGGCGGGUCUUUGUGCAAUUGUGAUUUGGCGCCGUUUUUUUAAAGAUCUAGCAGGGCGCGAGCACGGGUGGGCAACAUUAAACAUUCGGAUGUUUGAAAACAACCUGGACAAAGAGACUUUCACUACCUGUGAAAUGUUGCUGACUUUUAGCUGCUCUGCGAGGUCUCUUAAAUGAAAUUUAUUUCGACGACAACACUUUUUAGUUAUAUUGUUAACUGUUUUAAUUGGCUUAACUUAAGGUAUGUUAUUAAAGAAAUAAACUACAACUCAUACAUACAUACAUAUAUGUGAGAAUAAUUUAUGUUACAGACUUACAGAAAUUAUAACUCAGUUAAAUUUUCAUGGCUAGAAGAAACUUUAGCCAAUUCAAGUUGCUUUCAUUUGUUACGUUUAUGCCGUACAUAGAUACAUACAUAUACAAUAUGUAAAGCCCAGAAGGUGUGGCAAGCGUUGCAUGAGAGUGAGAAAGUAGACGUGUCAAAUUAAAAUAAAAAGUGAAAAAAAACUAAAUCAACUAAUCCCUAUGCGAAUCAAUUAAUUUAUAAUUAAUUUGAAUUAUAGUUAAAGGAAAGAGAGAGAGUGUUUAACUAACGAAAAUAUACUACAAAAACAAUUAUAUACAUAAAGCUGCAGUAUAUACUAGAAGAGACGUAGACGAAUAUACAUACAUAUAUACAUAUAUAUAUAUACAUACAAACACAUAUCCAUGGCUAAAUGCUUAUAUACAUACUACAUCUAUACAUACAAAUUUAAGGUGCUUUCCAUGCAUAACAUACAUACUUACAUAAUACAAGCACUUAAUUGCAUACAUACAUACAUAUCUAAUCCAGAGUUGUCGAGUUUUUCCGUUCAAGUUCUUGUUGCACAAUUUUCAAACGAAACUACCAAAGAAAAAAUUGGGAAAAAAAUACAACAACAAAAUCACCAAAGGGCUUCCAGGAUGCCAGCGUGGAAUUUUUGAGUCUUGUCUCUUUAGGGAAAGCAAAAAUCCAGCUGGCAUACAAAACUCAAAGUGUAGAGUGUAAAAGUAGGUUAAUAAAACUAAACGUGUUAAAAGUGCGAUGAUUCGAGAUUUUGUGCAACAGUGAAAACAAAAACAAAGAAAAAAAAAACGAAAACCAAAAGAAAACAAUAAAUUAUUAUUUGAACUUUUUUAAUGGUUUUCAUUGGAUUGGUUUUUGGAUUUUUGGGCGUUUCUCUUAAACUUGAAUAACUGGGAAACUCGAGACUCGACAAAUAUUACAACCAUGCCAUAGUUUCGAGCUUUUUGAAAUUUUCGAAACAUUUUUCAGUUUAAGGGAAUGCACUUAAUAUUUUAUUUAUCUUCAGCAACUAUCUGAAACGGUAGAUUAUUUUACUUUGGUAAAAAAUCAAAAUAGAUUACAGUAACUAAUUUUAAUUUUUACAAAUUUAUUUAAUUUAUUUGCCAACAAUAUUUUAAACCGUUCUAUUACGAAAUUUUGCACAUAUAAAUAUGUAUAAAAAAGUAUAGACAAAAAAAUGUAUAAUCAAAAAAAUAGGUAUAUUAUUUUAGCCAACAAGCUGGAGUAAGCUUAUAAACAGUAAAUAAAAAACAAUUUUGUAGUACUAUUAAGCUACUUUGGAAGACAAAAAAAAAACCAAUAAUUAUAGUAAGUAGGAAUUAAUGGAAAUCAGAAAAUCGUUUUGGAAGACAUUUUUCAUUUUUACGAAAAGUAAACUUUUCGGAAAACAUGUGAAUUUUAAAAUAAUUAUGCCAUUAUAAAGUUUGGAAGACAAAGCCGUGAACUUGAAUAUCUUUGACCCAAGCAACGGUAAAACUUGUAUAUUCAUACACUCAUAAAUAAAUGCAAAAACCUAGAAAAAAAGCUUAAGGGGGAUUACACAAAAAAUAUUAACGUAACUUAGCCAAAUUAUUAAAAUAUCAAAAAUAUAUAUGCGUACAUAUAAAUUAAAAAAAAAACGCAAUACUUAUAAAUUCUAACCGUUAAAUGUAUAAAAAAAAACAAAAACAAAUUAAAAUUUUCAUUUCACUUCGAUGAAAGCUCAAACCAAUAGGCACGCAAAGCUUUCCGCCAACUGCCGCGAUUACGAUCCCCAGCAGGCGGAAGAAGCAAAGCGGGUGUUUUAAUUUGGCUUAAAUCUACGCUGUGACUGACAAUAAAGGCAAAUUCUUGAGGCGAACACACUCCUGUGGCUUCCUCAUAGCCAAUGUCCGGAGGAGGAGGCGUUUGCAGAGAAUUUCCAUUUCGACAUAGCGCAAACUAAUACACACACAAAUACCCAAUAAACAUAAACAAAAACUAUUUAAAAAAAAAUGUGUAAAUGUUAGCUGCAUAUGACUAAGUAAAGUAAGACAACGCAUACAUACGCAUAUACAUACUUCCAUGUGAACGUAAUAAGUUUGUAAAAAAUCAUUAUUUAAGCAGAUCACAACAAUGGCAUUCAAAGCAAAGAGCAAACGCAAUAACUUAGCAUAAAUCUUAAAUGUAAAAAAAAAUAGAAAGUACCUACUUAUUUACAUACCAACCAACCCAUUUUUGAUUUCAAAAUUUGUUUAGCAUUUGUCCACAAUUUUAUGGAGGCAAAGUUUCAGAGCACAGCCAAAGAUAGUCGAGAAACAAUUUUUGAUGUCGACAACAUUUUAUGACCCAACCAUUUACUGGAAUGUAGCCAAACAAAAAAAAAAAAA